AUGAAGGACAUUGCCUUUUUCUUUUUACCUGCGGGUAUAGGGUUAUCAUUUUUGCUUCUAAGCGGUGUGGCUCUGUUUCAACGUAUGGCCAUAUCUAUACAAAAAAGAAGUAUCAAUUUCCAGAUUCACAAAUAUCAAAUAAACGUGUGCGUGUCAUCUCUAAUUUCUUUUUAUGCCUUGUUAAGAUUGGCAUUUACAAUUUUUGAGUUGAACAAUUACGAUAAUGAAAAGGCCAAUUUAGAAUUCUCCAGUCCUAUACACAAUGUGAUGAACAGAACAUAUUUUAAAAAAAUAAGACUGCAGAGAAACUUUUGGAUUUUAUUACUCUGUUCAAUAGCGUGGAUAUUUUACAUUCGUUUUACUCAUUUACUUUUAUAUUAUCGAGAGAAAAUAAAAAAAAGUGAUGAAGAAUAUGAACAAAUUAUGGAACUCAAGGGAAUUCACAACAAAUGUACGACCGAACUAAUACAUGACGAAGUAGAUGAGAUAAAGUAUUCUAACCGUUUAGAAGAUGAAGACAUAGUCUCAGACAGUGAUGCAACAACUGAUGAGAAUGCAAAUUCGCAGGAAAAAAUUUCAGAGCUCAAGGAUGAGCAGAAGAAAAAUCUCAAUAUUCGACAAAGGCGCUGA